AUGUUCAAAAAGCCAAUAAAUUUAAUCUCAAUAUUUAUCAUAUUUUUAUUAAUUUUUUUAUUGUCUUAUUUAAACUUCCAUAACUCAAGUUCUACUCCUACGAAAUCUGCAUUCGUUAUCUUAACGACAAAUGACGAUCUACCCGGUAUACUACAAUCUAUAAGACAUAUGGAGGAUAGGUUCAAUAAGAGGAAAUCAGGCGGUUAUGAUUAUGUUUUCUUAAAUGAUGGAAAAUUUUCAAAUAAAUUCAAGAAACAUACUUCUUCUUUAAUCUCAACAAACGCUUAUUAUGGUAAAAUUUCUUCCUCUGACUGGAACCAACCUAAGUGGAUUGAUGAAGAUAGAGCAUCAGCCGUUAGAACUAAAAUGGCAAUAGAUGGUGUGUUGCACGGUGAUUCAAUUUCAUAUAGAAACAUGUGUCAUUACUUCAGCGGUAAAUUCUAUAACCAUCCUUUAUUAAGGAAUUACGACUAUUAUUGGAGAGUUGAACCGGACGUUAAAUACACUUGCAAUCUCGAUCAGGAUCCUUUUCUAGCUUUAGAAGAGAAUAAUGCCAAAUAUGGUUUCACUAUUGCCAUACAUGAAUACCCUGAGACCAUUCCGACUUUGUGGAAAGCUGUUAAAGAGUUUAUGGACUUAUACCCUCAACAUAUCGCACCAGAUAAUUCAAUGGAUUUCAUUAGUGAUGAUAAAGGGUUCUCCUACAAUGGCUGUCACUUUUGGUCAAACUUUGAAAUUGGAGAUCUCAGCUUCUAUAGAAGUCAAGCAUAUACAGAUUUCUUCAACUUCCUCGACAGGAAAGGAGGUUUCUAUUAUGAGAGAUGGGGUGAUGCACCUGUGCAUACAAUGGCAGCAGCCUUGUUGCUCAACAGGGACGAGAUACUCAGAAUGGACCCAAUCGGUUAUUAUCAUAUACCCUACAACCAUUGCCCAUUAGGAUUCAAAAAUUAUGAUAGAUGUGAAUGCAACCCUUUGGAAACUUCAGACUAUCAUCCACACUCUUGCGCAAUAAAAUGGGAUAAAUUCGCAAAUCAUCGCAAGUGGGAAAUAGAUUAGUAUUAGUGUAUUGUUAUCAUUUGUUGUACAACAUUUCUAAGAUCCUAUUAUAAAACUGUCGCAUAACGAAUUUCUCUCCAGAGUAGUCCUGAUCAUACCAAUAAUUUACUGCUAUACAGGGUGAACCUUUUUGUGAAACAUGAUGGAACCAUCCACUCGGGAGGUAUAAAGCAUCACCCUCGUCUACAGUAACUGUAAGACAACGUGAUUUGGAGUAUGUAGGUGAAUGUUUUGAAUUUUCCUCUGCACUCUUAUUCGGAUCAAU